GACUGGCUUAUAAAAACACUGAUUAAGUGAGUGAAGUUUGUUUAUCUCAUGUUUAUCUCGCAUCUCUUGUUUAAAUUCAUCAAAGACAAGACUUGUCUCUGAAUUCAUUUCGGUCAACUGUAAGAAUUAAACAACAGUUCAACAGUAUAACUUAAACAACAGUUCAAAUUCCACUCGAUGAAUCUGCAUUUUUGAGAUAAUUGUUUCAUUCUGUUACUCUGUUAGUUGACUGUCAGGGUACUGUUUCCACACGAAAUUAUCAGCUUGAGUUUUCUAUUAAGUUAAAAAAUGCCGCAACCCUCACAAAUGGUUGCAACUCUGCGAAACAGCUUCAAUAGUGGUAAAACGAAGCCGGUAGCCUUUCGCAAAAAGCAACUGCAGAGCCUCUUGAAAAUGUACGAAGAAAGGAAGGACGAAAUUAUGGCCGCACUCUGGACCGAUCUGAGAAAAAGUAAAGCUGAAAGCAUGCUUUCAGAGCUAUUUUUCUUGACGAAUGAUAUUAAGAACUCCUUAUACUAUAUUGAUUCUUGGACCAAGCCGGAACAUGUGGAAAAAGACUUGGCAAACGUUUUGAAUUCCGCUUAUAUCCAAAGUGAUCCAUAUGGAGUUGUUUUGAUCAUAGGAUCGUGGAAUUAUCCGUUUCAACUUACUUUGCUUCCACUCCAAGGAGCAAUCGCAGCUGGUAAUUGUGUCAUUAUAAAACCGUCUGAAGUCUCCCAAGCUUCUGCUAAAUUGAUGGCAGAACUUCUACCUCAAUAUCUAGAUUCAGACUGUUACAAAGUUUAUGACGGCGGAAUACCCGAAACUACUGAACUGUUGAAAGAGAGAUUUGAUUACAUUUUCUACACUGGCAAUACUCAAGUAGGUAAACUUAUUCACGCUGCAGCCAAUCAAUUCAUCACACCAGUAACGUUGGAAUUAGGCGGAAAAAGUCCAUGCUACAUUGACGAUACUGUUAAUAUAAAUAUUGCAGCAAAACGAAUUAUUUGGGGUAAAUGUUUGAACGUAGGACAGACGUGCGUAGCUCCAGAUUAUAUUUUGUGUACGAAAGAGGUUGAGGCUAAGUUUUUAAAAGCCGCAAAGGAAGCGAUUGAGCAAUUCUAUGGCAAAAAUCCAAAGGACUCUCCAGAUUUACCUAGAAUCAUUAGUGAUCGUCAUUUUCAGCGACUGCGAGAGUUGUUAAAGCAUGGCAAAAUUGCGUUGGGUGGUGAAAGUGAUGCCAGUGACAAAUACAUCGCACCAACUAUUUUAAUAGAUGUAAAAAGAAACGAUCCUGUGUUAACUGAAGAAAUCUUUGGGCCAAUUUUACCAAUUGUAAACAUUGAUAAUGCGUAUGAAGCCAUAAACUAUAUCAACGGAUAUGAGAAACCAUUGGCGUUGUACGUUUUCUCCAACAGUAAAAGCAACGUGGAUUUGUUCAUAAACAACACGAGCUCUGGGAGCGUUUGUGUAAACGAUACUGUAAUGCAGCUAACCGUCGACACUUUGCCAUUUGGAGGAGUAGGUUCAAGUGGAAUGGGCAAUUAUCACGGAAAAUUCUCCUUCGACACUUUUUCUCAUCAAAAAGCGGUAUUGUACAAGAAUCUUGGUGCAUUGGGCGAGAAAUUAGGUGCAGCCAGGUAUCCUCCUGCCACCAAUUUUAAAGGGAAAUAUUUUGAAGUCAUGUUGACGAAAAGACCUUUCCUAUUUGAUUUGGUUAGACGUAGCAGACAUCUGUUAGGAUUUUUCCUUGGAUUCGCAAGUUUCUACUUGUGGAACUCGUUUGGUAAAUAUUUUCAAUAUUAGUUUGCAUAGGAUAAGUUUAACUCAAAUCCCGUUGCUAAAAGUAUGUAUAUUAUAAUAUAGUUAUAUGUACUAUAUGCGCACAUAUGUAUAGGUGUCUUUGUGCUUAUGUUUGUGGUAGCAGGUUUUUUUUAAGAGCUGUAUUAUAUUGUUAUGGUAUUAUUAUCAUUAUAUAUUUUUCUUUGUA